GUUUGAUAUAUGUAGGCAAUUUCAGCGACCAGCGAGAGCAUCCAAAUGGCUGGGCUGAACGGCGGCAGGGGACGUCCAUUGCCGGAGCCGCUCCGGGUUCCGGUGCCGUCGGCUCGGGCUGCACUAACUGGCUUCGUCGACGAUGUUGCCGCGGGCGCUUCUCCCGUGGUCGGAGUCGGACAGGGACAGGAGACCGCCGCGGAUGUCGCCAGGAAGGAGGACGACACGGCGAUGAUCGGCGUAGCCAGGGAGGCGCACGGUGACCGCGCUCACGUGCAGGAGGCGGAGAUGCCGUACUCCAUCUCGUUCAGCGUGCCGGAAUCCCCUUCGGGGCUGCACCUCGCGCAGCUGGGCGCGUGCGCGUCCAUUCGCAGCGACGGCGACCACUCGCAGCCGACGCUGACGAUCAGGAGCGAGGAGCCAUCGUUGCAGCGGCAGCGCACGGUGUCGCGCAGCGACAGCACGCGGGACCGGCGGUUCGACCACUUGAAGACAUUCUCCGGGCGCCUGGAGCGCCAGCUCUCCAACCUCCGCGGGGUGCCGCAGGAGCAGCCCGAAAUCGAGCCCGCCGAGUUCAAGAUCUCCGAGGAGGAGACAGGCAACGACGAGGUCCCCACCGCCGACCGCUACUUCGCCGCCCUCGAAGGACCCGAGCUCGAGACUCUUAGAGCGACGGAGGUGCCGGUGCUGCCCGAGGACGAGAAGUGGCCGUUCCUGCUGCGGUUCCCGAUCAGCGUCUUCGGGAUGUGCCUGGGCGUGAGCAGCCAGGCGAUGAUGUGGAAGACGCUGGCGUCGGAGCCGUCCACGGCGUUCCUCCACGUGAGCCCGGCCGUGAACCACGUGCUCUGGUGGGUCUCCGUCGCGCUGAUGGGCCUCGUCUCCGCCAUCUACCUGCUCAAGGCGGUGUUCUACUUCGAGGCCGUCCGCCGCGAGUUCCACCACCCCAUCCGCGUCAACUUCUUCUUCGCGCCGUGGAUCGCCUGCCUGUUUUUGGUGAAGGGCCUGCCGCGGCCGGAGUGGACGCUCCCCCACGUGGUGUGGUACCUGCUGAUGGUGCCCAUCUUCUGCCUGGACCUCAAGAUCUACGGGCAGUGGAUGUCCGGCGGCGACCGGCGGCUGUCCAAGGUGGCCACCCCGACAAACCACCUGGCCGUCGUGGGCAACUUCGUCGGCGCGCUGCUGGGCGCCCGGAUGGGGCCCCGCGAGGUCCCCAUCUUCUUCUUCGCCGUCGGGCUCGCCCACUACCUGGUGCUGUUCGUGACGCUGUACCAGCGUCUCCCCACCAACUUGCAGCUCCCCAAGGAGCUCCACCCGGUGUUCUUCCUCUUCGUCGCUGCCCCCAGCGUCGCCUCCAUGGCCUGGGCCAGGCUCUGCAGCGAGUUCAACUACGGCGCCAAGAUCGCCUACUUCGUCUCCCUCUUCCUCUAUAUGUCCCUGGUGGUGCGUAUCAACUUCUUCAGGGGUGUCCGGUUCUCGCUGGCGUGGUGGGCGUACACGUUCCCGAUGACGAGCGCGGCCAUCGCGACGACGCUGUACGCGUCGGAGGUGACCAACUUGCUCACACGGGCGCUGGCGGUCGGGCUCGCCGGGAUCGCGUCCGUGACGGUCACCGGUGUGCUGGUGGCCACCAUGUACCACGCGUUCGUGUGCAAGGACCUGUUCCCGAACGACGUGUCCAUCGCCAUCACGCAGCGGCCCAAGCCCAACUUCAGCAACAUCCUGGCGCACCUCCGCUCCUCCGGCUCCGACGUCAAGGAGCUCGUCUUCGCGGUGUCCAGGCACGGCCGCGAGUCCCACUCCCCAAUGGCGCAUGGCCGCGGCAGGAGCAGAGCCGUAGAUCGAUCAGUGACCAGUCUGGCCUGUUGAUUACUACCUCCCGAUUACCUGUACAGGUUCGAGGAGUUCUUUGUUGUUGAUCCCUGCAGGUAAUACUAGCUCAUUAGCAGCCAUAAAUUUAUAUAAAUAACAGUACUACUACGUUAACAUCAUAUAUGUAAUAUCUCAUCAGUGUCGGUUCAAUAGUAAUCGACAUUGAAGAUGUAUCAGUGCCGGUUCUUAAACUCUCGCGUGCGAACAACGACUGAGUAGUAAA